AUGAUGGAAAAUGAUUCACUUGUCACGCUGUUUACUCUUUCAGGUUUAAAUUUUUCUUUAGAAAACAGAAUUGCCCUCUUCGUGCUAACUUUAUUGUGGUACUUAGUUAUUCUUUUGGGAAAUGGUUUGCUUAUUUUUACUAUUAUUAUUGAUAAAACCCUCCAUGAACCCAUGUAUAUCUUCUUGUGUAAUCUAUGCAUCAGCGGCCUGUAUGGAACUGUCGGCUUUUACCCAAAAUUCCUUCUGGAUCUGCUGUCAUCUCAUGUAAUUUCUUACGCCGGAUGCAUGCUGCAGGGUUUUGUGAUACACUCAUCAACUUGCUGUGAUUUUUCCAUCUUAGCUCUGAUGGCGUAUGACCGCUAUGUGGCUAUAUGUCAACCUCUCGUUUAUCAUUCAGUCAUGACAAAAUGGAGAGUGUCCAUUUUUGUGCUUUUUUCCUGGAUUUUGCCUCUUUACUGUAUGGCUAUGAACUCAGCAACAUUAGUAGGAUCAAGGCUAUGUGGCUCACACAUAAACAAGAUCUACUGUGUCAACUGGAUGAUAGUUACUCUUGCUUGCUCACCACCCAAAGCAAACACUGCAGUUGCAUACUUUAACAUUUUGUUUUAUUUUGGACAUUUUCUGUUCAUUUUGUGGUCUUACGUGUAUAUGAUAAGAACGUGCAUGUCCUCACAGGAGGACCGGGUGAAGUUCAUGCAGACGUGCUUGCCACAUUUUAUCUCUUUAAUCAUUUUUGCGACAGCUGUGCUUUUAGAUCUAUUGUACAUGCGAUUUGGGUCAGCUGGUUUAUCUCAAGACCUGAAUAAUUUUAUGGCAAUUGAAUUCCUGCUUAUUCCUCCGAUUGUGAAUCCACUUGUAUAUGGAUUCAAACUCACUAAAGUCAGAAACAAAAUUUUGCAUGUAAUUUGUAUUAAAAAGUUGCAAAGGGUCAUUUCAUGA